CAUUUCUUAACGGAACGUACUGAAUUAAAACAUUUCCUACACGGACUGUUUUGAGUGAGGCACAAUUCUUUAGAUUCCGACUGGUGUCCGACUUGCAGCGACGUCUUCCACAUUGUUUAGUGUCAGAGAAAGAGAGUUAUGAACGACUGGAAUCCAGUGGCUAAAGUCUACGACCCUCUCAAGGCGGGCAGCAUCGAUGGCACAGACGUGGAGCCCCAUGACCGGGCCGUCUGGAGAGCCAUGGUCGCCCGCUACAAACCCAACAAAGCCGUGGUGGGGGACCCGCUCCUCACUCUAUUCGUGGCCCGCUUGAACCCUCAAACAACGGAGGAGAAGCUGAAUGAAGUGUUCUCCAAUUACGGGGAUAUCCGCCGCCUGCGCCUGGUGAGGGACAUAGUGACUGGGUUCUCUAAGGGAUAUGCCUUCGUUGAAUACAAAGAGGAGAGGUCCGUGGUCAGGGCGAAGCGAGACGCCAACAAACUAGUGGUGGACCAAAGUGAGUUGUUUGUGGACUUCGAGCAGGAGAGAACCCUGAAGGGAUGGGUACCUCGUCGGCUGGGCGGAGGGCAGGGGGGCAAGAAGGAGUCUGGUCAGCUGCGGUUUGGUGGGAAGGACAGACCCUUUCGCAAACCCAUCAACCUUCCUGUCACCAUGAACCAGGAAUGGGGUGGCGGUGGCAGAGAGUGUGAGAGAGAGGAGCGCUACAGAGAUGGGUCCCUGAGCCGUGAGAGAGAGACUGAUUGGGGGAGUAGGGUGAGGAGAGAUGACAGAGGGAGAGAGAGAGGUGUAGAAAGGGAGUACCACCGAGAGAGGAGGGAUAGGAGUUAUGAGAGGGAGUCGACGAGGGAGCGGGAGUCGACGAGAGAGCGGGGGUCGACGAGGGAGCGGGAGUCGACGAGGGAGCGGGAGUCGACGAGGGAGCGGGAGUCGACGAGGGAGCGGGAGUCGACGAGAGAGAGAUGUGACAGGAGAGAGAGGGAUGACAGAAGACACAGGGAUGAUAAGUACAGACACAGAGACAGGAGAUGA